AAUCAAGCAGGUCCCCCCGCCUUCCGUUUCAAAAACCCCCAACAAACCUCGCUGGAGUCGUUUUCCUCCUCAAUUAUCCCGCCCUUCGAUCUUCCCCCCAAAACCCUAACGUGCACCUUCUUAUCUCUCUUUCCGAUCUCAUCUUUCUCUCGCUAUGAAUCGAAGGAUUCGGAGCCCAAACGCUAAGCUCUCGGCCUCCCAGAUCGAGGAGCGGCACCACCGGUUCCUAAAGCCCGGCGCCCUUGCGCGCCUCCGAGACUCCAGGAUCAGCACUGUAAGAUCGCCCCGAUCCCUCUCCCACCCCCGCCUAUCGCCCCCGUCCUUCCCCUCCUCUGCUUCGCCGCCCGCUGCUGCUCACGACUAUGGAAUUCCUUUCUUUGCCGCUCGGGCCCGCGGCCCGCGGUUCCCGCAGCGGAAGAAGCUCGCCGCCGCCAAGUCGAUCUUCUUCGCUCCCUCGAGCCCGGAGUUCAACGAGUUCUUCUUGGACGCCUUCGGCACUGAUAUGGUUGCUGCUCAUUAAGCUAGAAGGGUUUCCGCUGUGGAUCUUCUUUCCUUCCGAUCGUUUGGUACGGAUGUGCGUUGGGUUUGAUAGAUCGAGACUUAAUAACAGCAGAAGUUGUGGUCUAGGGUAAUUCUGUGUAGAUCUGAUGUGGGAAAUGUAGAACAUUUUUUCUUAAAAAGAGCUAACCUUUGUUCUCAUUCUAUAGGUGGAUUACAUCAUGGCUUAUUAUUACUUCAUGCUAAACAAGUUUCUGGUUCUGGUGAUGUUUGUUAGAAACUAUGUGCCUUUACUAGGCUUUUAAAUCUGCAAAGUUGAGCCGAUUUGAUGGAUUAUUGGCAGCACCUGCAUAAUUAGUUUUUCAUUUGUUUGAUCAGAAUGUUAAUCACUGCUUCUGUUGCAGUUCUAUCUAUGAACUGGAGUUCGUAAGUUCUCUAUCUAUUUAUGAAUGGUUAAUGAACAGUUGUAGAACAAACAUUGGCUAGAUCUUGUGCUUACUUUCGUCGACAUACAGAAGCUGCUAGUCCUGACUCGUUAGGCUUUUUUCCUAUUAAGCAAAGAUACUGUUUCAUUAUUGCAUAAUGAAUGCUUGAUUGAUACUUGCGUGAUUAUAUGCAACUAUUUAUGCCUCUGAUGAGACACUCUAGAAAAGUGUUUUUUAAUUGCAAGAUAUAUGGUCAUCAUUUUUCUUGUUACUGCAAGUUUAAUUUGUUCUUCUGCUUUAUGGUAACUUUAGGUAUUUCCAUCUGUUUAACAGAAGCACACACCACCAAUCUUCUUGUGAGAAAAGUGAUUAACAUUCUUAUAAAUCGUUUGCAAGAACAUCUCUGUAUUUAAGAUAUUGUUGCUGGGAUUAAAUACUAAUAUAACUUUCAGGAUAGUUGUCUACUCUUAUUUGUUGUUUUCGUAAAUAAUAGUGCCCUUACAUAUUUGUAUAUUUUUACAAAUGGGAUGUGUUGUUUGAUGGUAAAAAAUAUGUUCAAAGGUCUUGUUUAGUGACUACUUAUCAUGCAAAAGUAUCUUAUGUGUGACAUCACUUAAACUAUACUUAUUACAAGAGAAGUUGGUAGUCUCAGCACAUAGUCAAGAUUAUGGUGUCUAAGCUCUAUUCAUGUUGUUUAACUUUUGCAAACUGACUUGUUAAAUAAAUUAUCUUAUCCUAUCCUUGAAGUUUUAUCAUUUUAAAGAGGUUAGACAUUUCUGAAAAGUGCAUUAAUUAGGGGUUUGUUGUGAUAUGGUUUUAACUCAUAGCAAGUUCCUUUCCUCUUCUCUAUUCUCUAGUCAAUAAAUUAUAAUAUGCACUCUAGUAGUCCUUUCAAGUGAACUAACUACCACAGUUUAAUUUUUGAGAACAGUAUUUACAACCUGCGUAAUUUCAUCCAAUCAACUCUUUAGAACUGUCUCUUUGGAGAUCAAUUAGCUAAUACUAUGCUUGGAAUCUUGCCAAUGUUGUUUAGAUUCUUGCCUGCAAUCUGUCAGCUUAUCGAGUUAUCAUUAUCUGAUUAGAAAAGGCAUCUCCAUUAUUACUGACCCAUAGUGAGGUAAGUUGUUCCCUUUGUGCUUUUCUAGGUUCCACUGAAGUCUGAACAUGACCAGCAACUUAUUUCCACAACAGAAACACCUAAUAUAUCUCAUAUAAGAUCACUUGAAAUACAAUCCAUUUCACUGUUAUGUGAUGCUCUUGUCUUGAUCACCACCAUGUUUCUUUUAGUGGAUCUGCUCUGUGUACAUUAAACACGAAUCUGGUGUAGGCAAGGGACCUCCAUUACUGGUCAUGCCUCUGUAUAUCUUUUCUUAUCGGGCGUGAUGUUAUGUCACAAGUUCCUUAUUACUAUGUAUGGCCAAUCAGUUUGUUAAGCUAUUUUCUUGAGUGCUAUUUUUCCAAUUAUCUUUACAACUCAAUUUGUUACAGGCUCUUGAUUGCACUUUCACGGUCACUUAUUUCCAUUUUUGUUGAGUUUUGGUUCAUGAUACUGGAUGUUGUUUUUCUUAAUGGGCGAGUUCAUAAUGAUUGAGUUAUUCUACGAAACAUUUAUGGAUUCAUAUUUGACUUCUAUAAACUGUUUUAGUUUUUGGUAACUCCUGUUUCAUUUUAAUGUUUGCUUAAAGGGGAUUAGACAUCUGAAUUAUAUAUUAGCAUAGUUAUAUAAAUUUGCACGGAGGAAGUUGCCACAUAAACAGUUCAGAUUCCUCUUAUUUGUACUAAAAGGAGAUGAAAAUUUGAAUGCUUCCAUUCAUGUUGCCUUACUAUGACUUUCGUAACCUACAUUGGCUUAGCACUUUAUGGUAAACAUGCUUAAAUGGCAGCAUAUGACAUGUUAAUUGCUUAUUCAAUCUACAGACUCACUGGUUUCAUAGACACCUUGAUGUAUGUCUCUGAUGCACUGUCUAUUUUGUAAAUACGAAUUGCAGGCUUUCCUUUCAAAGACCACUGGUUCUAGGUUUUCCACAAUUAAAUGAGCAUCUCCAAUGUUCUCUACAAUUUUCAGUUAUGCAGAUGAGAAGAAUUUGAUGCUCCAACUAUAGAAUUCAUAGCCAGUCACAGUUCAGAUGCAAGGAUUCCCUGGAACAUUUCUGUAUUGAUUUGGUGACAUCGAUAAAGCCUGCCCUGUGAAGUAUGGGUAUCCAUAAAGCGAUCCGUGGGGAGUCAACCGAGUGGUCGCACAAGGUGAAAUGCUUGCCAGCGGGGGAGCAGACAAUGAGGGCAUGGCUUGACUAACUGCAUGUUAUCCUUAUUAGGAUGCUGAUGUUCAAUAAAAACACAUUGGAUGCCUACUGAAAUUACUACAAGAAUCUAACAAAAAGAAGUUUCAAGAAAUUUGAGCAAGCUAGGUCUGAACAACUGCAGAGGAUGCUGAUGUUCAACCAUAAAACAUUGGCCUUCUACUGUCUUUGCAGCUACCAAAAAGAAGCUUCAAGAAAUCUGUACAAGCCAGGAAGUUAAUGAUGUGCGGAAUUUCUCAACAACAAAGAUGAAGACGAAGCCUACUACCCUCAGCAAUCAACUCUCAUUCUGUUCUCUCACACGGCCGUGGCUUUCUUGGCAGCUUCCAGGUUUGAGGUGAUAUUUUUAGUAUACUCAUUUCUUUUAUUCAAUGAAAAUGUUAGGUGAAUAUUAAACAACCUUCACCUGUUUUUUAAGUCUAAUCUAACCUAAGUCCUAACAACAUACAAACUGUAUUUUCUUCAACAUAUAAUUUUCAAGGACUUUCUUUUAUAUAUCCACACUUGAAUGAAUUCAUUGUUCUCUAAGUAGUUUGAUUCUAAUUAAGUAAUACGAAAACUCUUACUAAUCAUAAUAAAAAAAUUUAUUAAACAAAAUAAAUGAAAUUUAAACUUUUCAAAAAUAGAGAUUUUAGCAGGGUGAUGAUUAAGAUCAAAACACAACAGUGGCCUAACAUGGAUCAUGGCACCAACACACUGUAGAGAACAAUUCCAACAUGUCGGGGUAGCCAUCAUCAGCCAAUUCUUAAGCUACAAACCAUACACAUGGUUGGCUCGUACACUUAUACCUGCAUGUACAUGUCUGUCUUCACGUACUUGUUGCCAUUGACGGCUGGCUGUUGCUUCCCUCACAGAUACGGCAUUCCUCACAACCUCCAUCCUUCUCAUGGAUACUGCUGGAGAGAGAGAGAGAGAGAGAGAUAAUGCAGCAAAACGUUACAGGCUGCCAAAUAUACUUAGAACAAGGGAAAGGUUUUAUACUCUAGUUUAGACUCAUAUCACUUAUUAAAUGAAUCGGUCAAUUAUCUAGUUAAAAUAGAUCAUGAGAAAGCAAGUUCUUUGUGUGAGAGAGCAGUUGUGAGUUCUCAUGAAAUCCAUGGAGAAAGAUGAAGCAUAAAGAAGCAAAACAUGUUACUUCCUAUGCUUGAGUCCAAUUUUGUUGAGAGCAUGGCAAUUCCUACAGUUAAUGUUGGAACUCUUCAAAUCUCUGAUGACUAUUUUGUAGGUAGAACCAGCAGCAUUCCCAAAUCAUAAUGGAGACCAGACUGGGUUUUGUCAGCUGCUCAUUUUGGCAGCCACGACUCCCACCAUAUUUAGUCACGAUCUGGAAAAGAACUCCUUGAACCCCUCCAAACCGACCCUUUAUUGCCUCCAAAAGCCGACCACGCGUUUUGACUCCCCGAGAAUAGUCUUGCAGAAAUAAGAAGGAGACGGUUUGGCACUCGAGAUAUAAAAGGCAUGGUUCGAGUGCAUCGACAUCACUUCUUCUCUGUAAAGAUCCUCCCUCCUCCGUGGUGCAACAACGAGCCACAGCUCAAGAACAAUGGCGGGUGUGCAGUUAGCUUCCUUCUUCUUGGAGGUGGCGCGGAGCUCGCCUCGGUCGCGCAAGGCCCCGUUCUCGGCGGUCGCGCCGUGGCGGUUCAUGGCCGGCACGAGGCGGCAACUCCAAGAAGCUACCCUCGAUACCACCAUUGUGGAGGACGACGGCGCGGAUUCCUCAGAGAACUCGCGUGCUGCUGCUGCUGCAGCAGCAGAAGCUCCGUCCUCUGCACGCGUGUUGAGAGCUCGAGAGAAGGAAGCAUCUUCCAGGUGGUGACCUUUAUCACCGCGAUGGGUGAUGCAGGUGUGCGCCAUACCCGAGGAAGAGAUGUGGCUGGCAUGUGUUGUAGCUGCAUAUGGUCGUGUCAUCUUCCUAGUUUGGAGCGCUUACAUGUAGAGUAGAUAUGAGUUAAAAGUGUGGUAGCUUUGUCAUGAUGGCUUUGGAUACAUCGAUAUUUUUCUUAUGCUCCAAUUGGUUCCGUCAACUUAACUGAUUUUAAUUACAUCA